CAGCAGCAGCAGAAGCAGCAGCAACAACCCCACUCCCCGCUGCCUCUGGCGGGGGACGAGGACAAGCCGCAGCAGCAGCAGGUCUUGCAAGAAGAAAGGGAAAAUAAUACUGAAUUGAUUACCGACGACUAUAAAAAGAUGGGGACUCUGUUUGGUGAGCUCAACAAAAGCCUCAUAAGGAUAGGAUUCACAAGGAUGUAUUUUGGUGAAAGGAUUGUGGAACCUGUAAUAAUCCUGUUCUUCUGGGUUAUGCUCUGGUUUCUUGGUCUACAAGCUCUUGGAUUAGUAGCUGUCUUGUGCCUUGUUAUUAUUUAUGUUCAGCAAUAAAAUACAUUGCAUAGCACUUGAAUGACUAUAUCUUGGUGGAUUUACAUACUUAGCUGAACAAGAAUGGUAUUAUUAUAAACUACUGUGCUGAAUAUUAUAUAGCCAUUAAAUGUUUGCAUGUUUUUUCUUCCAAACUAUCUUUGUAAUUUAAAAGGAAAAAAAAAUCUGAUAUGUUACGAAUAGGUGAGUAAAAAAGGGUCUCAAUAUGAGGCAGUGUAGUCAAAUUGUUUAUUUAGUAAAUCCUUUUACUGAGUGAAAGAAUUCCAAUUUCAGGAGUUUGGGGAUAUAAACACACUUUUCAACAUAUGAAUGGUGCUUUUAUAGUCAUGUUACGACUGUUUUCAAAAAAUACCUUUUAUAUUAAAACUGUUAAAAAGCCAAUUUCUAUGAGCUCUUACGUUGUAUGAUUUUUUAAUCACCUUGUAAAUCUCUUUGCAAAUUCCUUCAGUGCUGUGUAUAUAUAUAUAUAUGAACUCAUGUUAAGCAAAUCUGCUUUUGCAUAACUAGUGCCAUUUAUGAUUUGUAAAUAUAUUAGAAAAAUAUCAGUCUGACUAAAGAAGAAGCCAGUAAAUCUGGAGUUCUUUUUCCAUUUCAUUUUUUCAUUAUGUGCACAUUUGUAAAAAAAACUUUCUCUGGGGAUAAGUAGGAUUCUUCCUUUCUUUUUAAUGGACUUUUUCUAAUUUAUCUCAGUUUAAUUCAACAUUAUAUGCAAUCUCAGCAGACAGGUUAAGAGCAAGCUACAUAAAGUAUUGUUACUGAAAUUGUCCAUGACUUCCUUUGAAAUGACAUGAAUAUUGUUCACUUUUAGGGAGAUCAGUAAGCACAUUUUCUAGUUACAAAUUCCAGGACUGAUAAUGAAAUGGGUCAAAAUGUUACUACCAUUCUUUAUCAAGUUUACCCUACAUUUAUAUUUAUGGAAAUGUUCGCUGCAGAGACCUCAUUAGAGCAUAAACGCUACACUGUUUAAGAUGAUUAAGAAUCGUGGAGAAUUUAGUUGAUAAAAAUCACCUGUACAGUUCCGCUUCAAAGCCAUGCUUCCUGUUACUUUGUUAAUUCAGUAUCUACCAUGCAAGUCUAGAACCCACUGAAUAUUUUUUUGGUGAAGCUCUUUGCAUAUGUUAAAAAUAUUGUGGUUCUGAUUACACUGAUUUGCAAAGUGAAAUGUUUUUGAAGGAGAAAGCUGGGAUAAUAUCCAAGAGUACUCACAUCACAACCAUAGAAAUGCAUUGCCAAAGAAAUUCAGUCCACAAAUGAAAAGUCCUUUCUGUCAUGUUUACUGCAGCAAGUUGUACUACAGAAAUAAAAUUUGGAGAUUCCUUUCUCACUGCAAGCCCAUUACACCAUUCACAUACUAUUCUGAAUACUGCACAGACUUCUUGGGAACAGAUUUCUAAAAAAA